AUGUCAACAUUUCAACCAAUAAAUCCAAAGCCGUUUAUGAAGUCACUAAUAGGGAAGCAGGUGGUGGUUAGACUAAAAUGGAACAAGACAGAAUACAGAGGUCAAUUGAUAUCGACAGAUAAUUACCUUAACUUGCAAUUGAAUGACACGUUUGAAAUUAUAUACGACAGCGACGACAACCCGCGUGAAGAGGCCAUAGGCAGUAUAUUCAUAAGGUGCAAUAAUGUUUUGUUUAUUAGAGAAUACAAGGACCAAGACCCCAGCAAGAGCAAAAUCUCGGACAAGACGGAUUCUACCACUGUCACGGAGACUGUGGAGACAGAGACAGAGACCACUAAUGGCGAUGCAGGCAGCAGUGGGAUCGAGGUCACUAAAGUAGAAUUGAAGGAGACGGAAGAGAUGGAGGAAUGA